AUGCCAAAAUCUAUAAGCUCUACCUCAGCUACUCCAGCUGACGAUCACGUAGUUUACGACUACGAUACCGACUAUGACAUCUAUAAAACUAUUUAUACAAUCUGCACGAAAAUCAAUUUGUAUCUAGGAAUUGCGACGAUAAUUGUGAAUCUUUUCCAUUUAAUAGUUCUCCUACAAAAAGAGCUGCGAUUAUGUGCAGUAUACAUUUUCAUGAUUGGGGUAUGCAUAUCCGACAUUGUCCUCACGUCGAUAAACUUCUACAACCAAGCCGGAGAACUCGGAUGGCUCCCAUUACUCUUCGCCGGGUCCGUUGAAAUGUCUUGUUUGAGAUAUGACUACCUGGAGAUCAAUAUUGGAUUGCAAUUAUUGUCUACCAUAAGUCAAAUAACUCGCCGGUUAUCUGUGUGGUUGGCCGUUUUGAUGGCUAUUAUUCGGCUACUAUCAGUAACUUUUCCAUUGAGCCAAAGAGUAAAGAAACUGACAUCGGCAAAAGGCGCAGUGAUUACUUUAAUGUUGUGUAUGAUGUUUUGGACACUCUAUUCGACUUGGCAAUUUGCGUUUUAUCGUGUUUUUUGGUUACCAGACAACGCUAAUGAAAUAUGCAAAUCAAUGUUUGAAAGUUUCAUAACACCUCGAUACGUUCUUGCCACACCUGUGAAUCUUCCGAAACUGAUGAGCACCUGGGGUUUUAUUGAAUUCAUUGUGAACUUCUCUUCUGCAAUUAUUUAUCCGCUUCUCACUAUUUCGCUGUUGGUUGCAUUACUGAAAAUCAAGAAAAGAAGGCAGAACAAUCAAAGAAAGGAGUCAGAACCAGCUGAUAACACAACCAAAUUGAUAUUAUUUAUGACAAUCACUUUUAUGUUAUCAGAGGGGUUAAGCGGAUUUAAUGCGUUACUAAUGUAUAAUAUUACAAAGAUUCAGAGAAAAUACCUAGAGUUUGAAAACGCGGUACUCACUUCUGAGUUCCCAAUCGCUGUCCUCAAAACAUUCAAUGCAUUUUCCCAUUUUUUCGUUUGUUUUUUCCUAUCUUCGCAAUAUCGAGAUGUAGUGAAAUCCUUGUUCAUUUCUAAGAAAAAGAAAAACCAAAUUGAUCUGACCCGCUCUACAAGCACUAUCACAAUUAAAAGCUAAACUACACAGAUUUGAAACAUUGCAUAAACAGUUGUAUUUUUUGUUUGAAAAAAUAAAUAUUA